CACCUGCUUACCUGAAUACAGGAAAAGAGCUAUCAGGACAACACGUACUUGAGAGAAAGAGCAAGAAAGCUCACAAACUCCAAGCGAGCUACAGCAAAAAUUAAAGGCAGCCAAAGAGCUCGUUCGCAUCAAUAUGGCUAGAUCAUUUCAGAAACAGGAAGAACACUACAAUCUCAGGAGAAAAGAGUGGAAACCAAAGAUAGGAGACAUCGUGUGGAAAAAGAACCAUAUGCUCUCCAACAAAGAAAAAGCCAUAAAUGUGAAACUGGCACCUAAAUACAUAGGGCCAAUGGUCGUGAAACAAAUCAUUUCGCCGGUUAUCGUCGAUUUACAAGACGAACACAAGAAGUGGUUUAGACAAGUUCACGUCCACGACAUAAAAACUGGCAACACCGAGACAAGGAACAACAGACACGACGAUACAAUUACAGAGGAAUAAAUAGACCAAACAGGUAUAAAAGGAGCACAAGUAACGAAUCACAGUUAACAUCAUGGAAGAUCUGAAUAUCGACCACACAAUCGAGACACUGCUAACGACGUGGAGUGAGGAGGAGGCCCAGGCUCUGUGGGAUAGCCUGCUGCCUCCACUGCCUCCAGCGGAGCAAAGACACGGAUCUUCGCUCGGGAAACCGCUGUUGCCACCAGGAAAACGGUCACCGGUAGACGUAUCGGAACGGAAAUCCGCAACUGCAUGCACACGACAGCCUCCAUCCGCAAGGGUUGCGGAGAAGAAACUAAAAAUUCUCAUAGACACAAUGCUGAAACCGGAGCAACGGGCUCGGCUGGAACGGCGACAGGCAUCAACAACCAGCCAACAGCUUACAGGCAGCGAUCAGCCACCGAUCAGCAUCUCCAUCGGCAAGGACAGAAAGGUAGAAGUGCCCUACCACGCAGUCCACGUGGCACGGAGAUACCGCCGCUACGUGGACGGUGAGCUCUGGCGGUUCCGGUUCCACCCAACGGGAGAACUCAAGUUCGCCCGAAAGGUUUAACUGGAUCUACCAGGGCAUGCCGGAGACGACUCGGCGCCCUCCGGGCGAUCUCCAGCAACGAUGGUCAACCAACGACCAUCACCAGCGCCAGUCUUGACGGCGCUAGAACUAAGACGCUCCAAAAAGGAAAAGAGGGAGACAAAGUCGUCUCCAAGAAAGGAGGAAGGGAUAACAAGCUCGGAUAAAAGAAGCGGAGCUGGAAUAAAAGGAUCACUCUAGCUCUCGCAUACGAGAUCAGAUCGCAGCCAGAGAACAGAUACCAGACAUGGAAUUCAACAAGGAAUUGUUAGACUGGCUGGAAAACUGGGAACCAGCAAACGGACAAACAUUCGACUUACCGCGGUACGCGACAUGUUAAAAUACCAUAAAUAUGUAAACGGAGAAAUCUGGCGCGUAGAUUUUUAGCCAUCUGACGCAAUUAAAAAGUGCCCGGGACACGCACUUAGAAACCGGUGAGAGGGGGGGGCUGAUGUAACGAUCCGUCCAAUCACACAGUAACAAACAUAGGCAAACUUAAAGCUAACGGUUCGCUAAAAAUGUAAUACAUAAACAACAAAUGUAAACACCGCCGACCGACCGCGAAAAUCAAUAACACCGAAGCAUACCGAAGUCUUCUGAGGCAUUCCGCUGAACAGAGCCAAGGCUCCAACAGAAGAAGAUCCUCUCGAAUACCGCUGCCAAAAGCACUGCCUCCUAGAUUCUCCUCGAUACCACUCCGUUGACUCGUUGGAUUCGUAGAGUCGAUAUCCUCGUAGACUUAUUAGAUACGUAAAGUCUACAUCCUUGUCACCGACUCGUUGGAUAUGUAGAGUCAACUUCCUCGUUACCGUUCCGCCGACUCGUUGGAUUCAUAGAGUCGACAUUCUCGUAGACUUAUUGGAUAUGUAAAGUCUAUCUCCUAGUUACCGCUUCGUUGACGCGUUAAAUACGUAGAGGCGACCUCCUCGACACCGCGCCGUCGACCCGUAGGACCGACCUACGCGUCACCUCCGAUAUCACCGCUCGACCGCCCGACGAACUCCGACUCGUCGGGAGUCACAGCCGCAUAACGCAUUCAGAGCAUUAUUGCUCUCGCCGAAUAACGGAUCUCGCCGCGACAGGAAUUAAAGAUCGAGUGUAAACAUCUCGUCGCGAGCGUGAGACAAUCGACGCAUCACAACACCGACCGCAUCCCGCGGCCGCCAACGGCUCCGGCAUUACCGAAUCGUCAGCGGCAAACAUCAACAGACUCGCACGGCGAGCACAAAAACUCGACCAUUAAACCAACGGCGUCGAGACCGCUUGUAAAUACUCAUUGUACAUAGCCAUUUCAGUUAGAAUAGAUAUUAUAUUAUUACCUAUACCACUGUUUUCACAAUUUAUUACAUCUGCCACGAAUCCGGACCGCACCGACUCGCAGCAUAUCCCGCAUCGAACGCAAAUAGAGUUACAAAAAGGCGAUAAGUAAAACAAAUAAUGUGCAACAGUAUAAUGAAAGAUACUUUAAUAAGAGACAUAAAAAACCAGUUAACUAUAAGGAAGGAGAUUUUAUUAUGUUACGUAAUUUCGAUAGCACAGCCGGAGCUUCAAAGAAAUUGAUUUCACAAUAUAAAGGACCCUACAUUGUCAAAAAAAUAUUGCGCAACGAUCGUUAUCUAGUAUCGGAUAUAGAAGGGUUUCAGAAUACUCAAAAAAGGUAUCAAGGAGUCUGGGAUCAAGGAAUAUGCGAUUGUGGAUAAAACCAAACUCCAGAAAUACGGGUAAUAUUGUAUUCCAUAGUAAUGACAACUUAUCUUAAGCUAGAAAUUAGGAAUAAAUAUUAAGUGCGACGAAACUCAUGUAAGAUUUAGAUAUAAGAUUUUAGAAUUAAGAAUU